AUGAGCUGCCGCGCGGCUCCAUGGGGCCGCCCGUCGGCCCCCCGCGGCCGGCCCUUCCCCGCCUCGGCGCGCCUCCGCGGCCCGUUCGGGGGUACGAAUUCGUGGAAGAAUCCAGUCCUCAAAAACUCGUGGAGAAUCGGUGAUGUCCCGGCAAUGUUUGGGCUGCCGUCUGGACUGUUCAGAUGCAUGGCUUCAAGUAGCUCCGGGGAUGGUGGGUUCUCUCGUCCUCAAUCAAUUGAUGAAGCACCGAUUCCGCUGUACCCCUGGCCGGACAAGCAGCGGCCACGAGUAUGCAUUUUGGGUGGUGGAUUUGGUGGGCUGUAUACUGCUCUGAGACUAGAAUCUCUUGUAUGGCCUGGUAAUAACAAGCCUCAGGUGAUGCUGGUUGAUCAAUCUGAAAGAUUUGUAUUUAAGCCCAUGUUGUAUGAGCUCUUAUCAGGAGAGGUGGAUGUCUGGGAAAUAGCUCCGUAUUUUACAGAGCUACUGAAGAACACUAGUGUUCAAUUUGUGAAGGAUAGUGUAAAGCUUCUUCGCCCUUCUGAUCACUUAAGAAGAGAGCCUGGAGUAUCAUGCACUGGUGGAGUUGUUCAUCUUGAAAGUGGCACCGUUGUUGAAUAUGAUUGGCUCGUUCUAGCUCUAGGGGCUGAAGCUAAGAUUGACGUCGUUCCAGGAUCUGCCGAAUAUGCACUUCCUUUCACAACUUUGGAACAUGCUUUGAAAGUUGAAAGUGAAUUGAAAAUGUUAGAAAGGAGAAAGUUUGGUAAGAAGUCCCCACCUAUUCAGGUGGCCAUUGUGGGACUGGGUUACUCUGGUGUUGAGCUAGCUGCCACUAUCUCUGAGAGAUUAAAGAACACAGGGACUGUCAAAGCAAUCAAUUUUCAAACAACCAUCUGUCCUAACGCACCACCAGGAAAUCGUGAAGCUGCUCUGAAGGUUCUUGAGUCUCAAAAUAUCCAACUUUUCUUGGGAUAUUCGGUGAACUGCAUCAGAGAGGUUUAUGCAUCUGAGGAUUCAGGUAGCAUGGUUGCAGAUGCAAAAGAAGCUGGUGGUGGCGAUAAGAAACUAGUUUUGGAACUUCAAGCCGCUCAAAGAGGCCUCCAGAGCCAGGUUCUGGAAGCUGAUCUGGUAUUAUGGACAGUGGGUUCACAAUCUCAGAUUCUUCGGUUACAACCUCCUGAUGCCCCAUACGUUAUUCCUUUGAAUGGCCGGGGGCAAGUAGAGACAGAGGAAACCCUUCAAGUAAAGGGCCAUCCCCGGACAUUUGCAAUUGGUGAUUCAGCAGCUCUAAGAGACCCAUCAGGAAAAUUUCUCCCAGCCAACGCACAGGUUGCUUUUCAGCAAGCAGAUUUCGCUGGUUGGAAUCUCUGGGCGGCAAUCAAUGACCGGCCCCUUUUGCCGUUCAGGUUCCAAAAUCUUGGUGAGAUGAUGACACUGGGUAGAAACGAUGCCGCGAUAACAGCAAACUUCAUCGAGGGACUGACCUUGGAAGGGCCCAUAGGGCAUGCUGCUAGGAAGCUAGUGUACUGCCUCAGGAUGCCCACUGAUGAGCACCGGGUGAAGGUUGGAGUCAGUUGGUUGGCAAAGGGCGCUGUCGAUUCGCUCGCCUCUCUGCAGAACGCAGUGGCCACCGCACUUUCCCCUCCCACCGCUCCCCCCACCACCGCCGCCGACGCCAACGCCACCAACCGCCGCGCCAUGGAUCCCGACUCCGAGAUCGCCUUCGACUUCCCGCCCUACCUCUGCCAGUACAAGAGCGGCCGCGUGCACCGCCCGGGCGGCGACGCCUUCGCCCCCGCCGGCACCGACCCGCUCACCGGCGUCGUCUCCAAGGACAUCCACGCCGGCCCCGCCCGCGCGCGCGUCUACCUCCCGCCCGACGCCUCCUCCGCCGCGGCCCCCGGCAAGCUCCCCGUCGUCGUCUACUUCCACGGCGGCGGCUUCGUGGUCGGCUCCCCGGCCCGCCCCUCCACCCACGCCUACCUCAACGACCUCGUCGCCCGCUCCGGCGCCGUCGGCGUGUCCGUCUACUACCGCCUCGCCCCCGAGCACCCGCUCCCCGCCGCCUACGACGACGGCUGGGCGGCCGUGCGCUGGGUCCUCACCGGCGGGGACGGCGCCGACCCCUGGCUGCUCGACCACGCCGACCUCUCCCGCGUCUUCCUCUCCGGCUGCAGCGCCGGCGCCAACAUCGCGCACAACAUGGCCGUCCGCGCCGCCGCGCCCGGCGCGCUGCCCGAGGGCGCCGCCGUCCGGGGCCUCAUGGCCGUGCACCCCUACUUCACGGGCAAGGAGCCCGUGGGCGCGGAGGCCGCGUUCGGCCCCGACGUGCGCGACUUCAUGGACCGCACCUGGCGCUUCGUGUUCCCGGGCUCGCUCGGCCUGGACGACCCCAACGUGAACCCGUUCGUGACCGACGAGGCGCGCGCCGCCGUGGCCGGGAUCCCGUGCGAGCGCGUGCUGGUGUGCGUGGCCGAGGACGACGUCCUGCUCAAGGAGCGCGGCCUGUGGUACGCCCGCGAGCUCAAGGCCAGCGGCUACGCCGGCGAGAUCGAGAUGUUCGAGUCCAAGGGCGUCGGCCACGCCUUCCACUUCGACCAGCUGGGCUCCGGGGAGGGCGUCAAGCUGCAGGAGCGCCUGGUGAAAUUCAUCAAGAAAUGA